AGGAUGGAACACUUCUGUCAGUUCCCAGAGACAUGAAGAUUGACAUUCUAGCGCAACUUGCAGAAACUAUAUACUCAUACAAAGCCUAUCCUGUAAAUGAAGAGUUUGACAGUGUAGCAGCUGCCUUAAUUGAAAAACACCCCUGUCUCAAAGAGCCAAGCUCUGCAUCUGGAUGGUAUGGGUGGAAAAUUAGUUUGAAGUUUAAGAUGGGCAACUACAGACAAAAGCUGAGAGAUGCAGGUUGUCAGGAACUGAAAGUGACUUCUGAAAAGAGAGGUCUUGGGGAGACAAGAAGAAAGCGAAACAAAGUGAAGAAACCUAGACGGUGUGAAACUAAUUUUCUUCCAGAUCUACCUCAGGGCAAAGACCAGGAAAGUCUAGAUAAGGAAAGAGAGCAAAUAGCUGUGGAGAUGAAGAAGAGGACUACAGACAUCAGCUUUGUUGAUUCUGCUAUGAGCAGCACGUUUUCUUUGAGAAGACAAGAAGUCGUUGAGGAGGAGCCACCAGUGUCACAAAUGAAAGUUCGAUGGCCAGCACUUUUCACAGAGAGACAGUUGAGCGAAGAAUUCACCAGGCCAGUGUCAAAAGACAUGAGCAAAUCCUUUUUUGAAGGCCUAGAUCGUCAUCUCUCGAAGCCGAUACAGUUAUUCAGGUCAAAGCGUUAUGAGGACAUUCCAGAAAUGACGUCAAUACUGCAGAGCCUUCAUAAGGAUACAACAAAGCAAAAGAUGAGGACAGCAGAUUGCUAGGUCUGCCAUGGUACAUGCGAGAGACUCCUUCAAAAUUCAUGAAGAUAUGCGAGCCCAGUGACCGUGAAGAGGAUGUGAUCAAGGGUGUGGUGAUUGGAAUUCUUGUGGUUGUGGAAAAUGUGAUGGAACCUCUCCCAGCAUUCUACAAUGACGUUGCCCUGGUGAUUGAGGAAGAAGUGGUAAUGCGUCACCUCACUGACAUACCUAAUGCUUUUCUGAACCUGAUGGGCCUGGUGUACGCAUUAAAUCUUGACUACCCAAAGGAACUAAAAUUCACUUUUGAGGUGAUACAGCGGCUGUUUAUUGGAGUUGGAUCAGACUCUUGCACCGCAAGAGUUCACUCU